AUGAAAGAAACGCAACUGAGGAAGUACGUUGAGCAUUGCAGUAACAAACUGCAGGAGAUUGUGGAUCUUCAAUCGGCCCAGGCAAUAAAAGAUUUCCAGGCUAAAACAGAGGAUAAUUACCACCGCCUGGACGAGCUAAAAGAUCGUUUCAAAACCAACGAGCAGAUCAUUGAAGAGUUCAGAGCGCUCAAAUGUGAAUUUGGCACUAAAAUUCACUCCCUAGAGCAGUCGGUGAUCUACUACGAAAAGCUGGCGGACGAGCUUCAAGAGUUUCUGGUCGAAAGCCAGGUCAAGAAGAAGCUUGCUCUAAAGAGGCAGUCGCAACACACAGCAAAAUGA